AUGCGUCGGCACCCACCUGCGUCCGCCCUGCCAUCCAACGAUCCCCUAUCUCUGCUCCGCGCAUACGACCACGAGUCCAAUCCCAGUCGCCCAGUCCGCUCCUCGCCGCUGACCGCCUCGACCAUCCAUGGCCUGCCGCUCGAGCUGACCGACCGUCUGCGCUCCUUUCCACUCUUUGCCUCGGCCCCAGACUCAUUCCUUGCCGCCAUUGGCAAGUUUCUGCGCCCACAGCUCUUCCAGCCACAUGAAUACAUUUUGACCGAAGGCGAUGACGCCAAAGCCAUGUACUGGUUGGUCCGCGGUUCCCUGAGAGUCACCUCAAGAGAUGGAGAAAGCACAUAUGCCGAGCUCAAGCCUGGUGCCUUCUUUGGCGAGAUUGGCAUCUUGAUGGACAUCCCACGCACCGCUACCGUCAUUGCCCAGUUGCGCUCGCUCGUCCUGAAGCUGAACCAGGAGGACCUGCAUAAGGUCCUCCCAGCUUUCCCCACCGUCGAGCGAGCCAUACGCGAUGAGGCUACCGAACGACUGUCCAUCCUCGAACGUAUGAAGAAGGAACGCGUUACGCUGCCCGCGACUUCAGGUUUGCGCAAGCGGUCGCGUGACUUCAUCGAACGUGAUGUCGACAUGCAAGAUGUAGGGCCCCAGGACGAUAGCAACAAGCGUCGCAAAUCUCCUAGUCCCAGUCUUGCAGAGGCUGCCGCCAACAGUGUUUUGGGAAACGCAAACUUGACUGUCCGUCAGAUCCUGCAGGAGCUGCCCUUGUUUGCAGGACUACCUGCCGAGGUAUUGCAUUUCCUUGGUGUCAAUGCCCAGCCUUGCUCUUUUGGCCCCUUCACAGACAUAGUUACUCAAGGCUCGCAAGGCCGAGACGUCUUCUUCCUAGUACGCGGCGAAGUCGAGGUCGUGACCGAGACCCCUGGGAACAAAAUCAACGAGAUGACGGGGAAGCCGUUACCUGUGCAGCGUGUGCGAGCUCGUCUCAAGCCUGGCCAGUACUUUGGUGAAGUCACCAGUCUCUCUCUUGCACCCAAGAGAACAGCCACGGUUCGCUCUAUCAACGGCGUUGAAUGUCUGCGAAUCACUGGUCAAGUCCUAGACGAGCUUUGGAGAAACUGGUCGUCAAGUUUGCGCCAACAGGUCGAGCAAGAGGCCAAGCGGCGACUAAAGGAGGUUGAGGAUACAGAUAUCGUCCUGCCGGACGCUCCGUCCGCCAUCGAUGCCCUCUCGGCGUUGCCGCCGGAAGAUCAAUGGAAAAAGAGCGUGCCUACAGUCACUUUCAGUAACACUGAAGCUGAAAGCCCCAUCACACGAGACAUGUCUCCUGUUGCCGCUGAACCCAUGGAUCCUGAUCCUUUCUUCAGCAUCGAUAUCGACAGCGUGCGUGCUAAGUCAAGGAGGAGCUCACUCGCGCCUCCAUCCCCAGAACCCGUCAUGCACGACACCGCCCUUCGCCAACCAUCACCUCCUUCCGCAGGUCGUGCGCUUCCAUCCUCUCCUCUAAAGCCAAGGUCUUCCGUAUCCUCCAGAUCUCCUGCAUCCGACACUAGGCGCCCAAUCAGUCGACGCCCUAGCGUGUUCGGCAGACCAUCUAGCCGAUCGGGGAGAGGUCCUCUCCCAGACUCGGUGCUUUCUAUGGUCUUCCAAUACUUGGAUUUACUCGAUCUUAUGCGUCUGAGAUUGGUCUCCCCUCAUUGGACCCGGCUCUUGACAACGAGUCCAGACAUCCUCCACGACCUAGAUUUGUCACGAUACAAUCGUCGCGUUACAGAUUACGUCUUGAAAGAGGCCAUCUGUCCCUUUGUAGGAUCUCGCGCGCGUCAUGUCAACAUUAACAAUUGCUUCCACGUGACCGAUGAUGGCUUCGCCGCGCUUGUGGAGUGUUGCGGCGAAAGCGUCCUUAGUUGGCGGAUGCGUAGUGUUUGGGACGUGACGGGACAGAGUAUCCUGGAUCUUGUAAAUCGCGCAAAGCGUUUAGAGGAUAUUGAUCUGAGCAACUGCCGAAAGGUUGGCGACAACCUGUUAGCACGAAUUAUAGGCUGGAUCGUGCCGCAACCGCCGCCUGGACAUGCAGCACCUCUACUGCCACCAGUAGCUUCUUCGUCUCGUCGUCCAGCGUUGAAGCGUAACACAAGCAGUGCAGUGGUCCCACAAGCAGAUCAACCCGCUCCGGGUACAGUAGUGGGAGCCCCAGGACUGAAGCGCUUGACACUGAGCUACUGCAAACACGUACAAGAUAGGAGUAUGGCGCAUAUAGCUGCACACGCAGCGAAUCGACUCGAAAGCAUUGAUCUAACGCGCUGCACCUCGGUCACGGACCAAGGUUUUCAACAUUGGGGACUUUAUAACUUCCAACGGUUGCGCAAGCUCGUCCUGGCCGAUUGUACGUAUCUAACCGACCAGGCGAUUGUGGGUAUCGCGAACGCUGCGAGAGGGCUCAAAGAGUUGGAUCUGUCCUUCUGCUGUGCACUCUCUGAUACAGCGACUGAGGUCCUCUCGUUGGGCUUAACGCAUCUCACACAUCUUGAUUUGGCCUUCUGUGGCUCGGCCGUCUCGGACUCAAGUCUUCGUUGCAUCGGCCUGCAUCUUCUGGAGCUGGAAUACUUAUCAGUCCGCGGCUGUGUACGAGUCACUGGUCAGGGUGUAGAGAGCGUUGUAGAUGGAUGUCCUCAUCUCUCACUCUUCGAUGUCAGCCAGUGCAAGAAUCUUCUUCCAUGGCUGCGAUCUGGCGGUGUGCAAGCAGUUAGACAGCGAGGCUGCAAGGCCAGGUUUGAAGUCGUGGCCGAUGGGUCAUGGCGUGGCAGUGGAGAAGCAUAUAAGGGGUUGCAUUGCUCUAUUUAA